AUGGUUGUGAAUAAUCCAAACAACUGGCACUGGGUCGACAAGAACUGCAUCGACUGGACACGCAGGUAUUUUGACGAGAAGUUACUCCACGUGAGCGCGCAGGGCGCUGAUUCCGUCGCCAUCAGCAAAGUUUCCUCCGUUGAAGGUGACGUAGAGGUUUGCCAGCGCAAGGGGAAGGUUAUUUCCCUAUUCGACAUUAAGUUGGUUUUGGGGCUUGCGGGAACGCUCAGCGAUGGAACCCCAGUCGAAGGGUCCAUCACUGUCCCGGAAAUCGCCUACGACUCCGAAGAAUCCGACUUGCAGUUCGGGGUUUCCGUUUACAACGAGUCUUCAUCCAACGAACACAUCAAGGACUUGGUCAAAAAGGAAAUGGUUCCGCAGUUGAGAAAGUUGUUGAUUGCGUUUGGCAGAGACUUGAUCACAGCCCACGGCAGCGACAUUCAGGCCCCAGAGAGCCAGGUCAAGUCGAAGCUCACGUUGCAGAACCAAAAGGCGACCCCUGUAGUUACACCAGCUAAUUCUGCUGCAGUUCUGACUGCCACAUCGGCCAAACCAGUGGCUGCAUCGUCGUCAGUGCCAAAGUACAACACUUCCACCUUGCACUUUGAGCCGGUCUUUAACACCACCGCGGAACAGCUCUAUAUCACAUUGUUAGAACCAAGCAGAGUCGCUGCAUGGACACGUGCCCCGCCUAACAUUCAACCGGUGGAGGGGUCCGAUUACAACUUGUUUGGGGGCAAUAUCUCCGGGAAGGUGGUCAAGCUUGUGCAGAACGAGACCGUUAAUAUGACUUGGAGACUCAGCUCGUGGAAGCAAGACCACUACGCUGACUUGGAAAUCGAUUUACGCCAGGGUGAAUCCGAUACCAAGAUGGUUGUCAAAUUCCUGGGGAUCCCAGUCGGGCAGGAAGACGCUGUUCAGAAUAACUUCAACGAGUACUACAUCAAGGCGAUCAAGAUCACUUUUGGCUUUGGUGCUGUGUUGUAA